AUGUUGCCUAUACCUAUGAAUCAUGGCCGGAAAAUUGUUCGAAAUGACAACGACCUCACCAUGGCUUCACCCACUCCGACAUGCGGUAAUUUGACAAUUUCCAUUCCAGAUCCUGUCGCCGUGGCGCCCCAUCAGACUCUACAAUAUGCGAUAACGGAAAUCGAAUCAUUGAAGGAGCGAAUUACAGUUCAACAAACCCAUAUCGAAGCUUUACAAAAACAGCUAAAAGACGCUCAGAGCAACACCAUGAACCAGAUCGUCGAAUUCAUCAAAUGGCUAUUCGAGAUACUCCUCACCCCUACAAAUAUGCGACAACUUACAUCUGACUUGGCUCACACUAUCCUAAAUUUGUUGCAUCGCCGUCAUUGCAUUCGCUGUCUUCAAAGACGUGGCUUUUGA